AAUUGGAAUCGGCGAGUGGAGGGGGGGCGACUCUAGCUGUCAAAAUCCGCCCGUUGUCUACAUCUACAGUGUUCCGAUUAGUCACCCGCUUUUCAACGGCGUCUUCCCUUCUGGACCACACUCUACGCCCUACUUCACGAAGUUUUACCUCAUAAAGUUACAAUGUCGUAUCAGUGAAUUCUCAUGACGAACGGGCAAAUUUCAAUAGAUCAACGGGCCAAGUUUUGAUAAUUGGUUAAUGGGUGGUUUGGCAAUGAACUUCAUGCAACGUCCUAUACGUGGAUGGCUUCAUGACGAUGAAGUUAUUCGAAGCACGGGCGUCAUUUAUGUCGUUAGAUAUAUCGGAUGCAUGGAAAUUCUAGCAUCGAUGAAACUUUUGGACUAUGAUACUCGCUUCUUGGUCGCUAAGGAGUGUAUUUACAGGGUUUGUGAGGCAGCAGGUUUAAAAGCUCCUGAUAGGCGGCGGAAGGUUGAGAAACGAGUUGCAAGAUCUCUUGGAACUAGAGUUAAGUCUGAUCAUGUCGGAUUUAACGUAAUUCUUAAUAUUUCGUCAAAAAAUAUUAGUCUAAAAACUGUUGAAGGGAACAAUCAAGUUUGUGUUCAUGACAUGCCCAAGAUAUCGUUCGCCUCUGGAGGAGAUGCAGAAACGUUGGACUUUGUUGCUUAUGUUGCAAAAGAUGACACUGAAUACAGAGCUUGUUAUGUUCUCGAAUGUGGUAGAGGUUUAGCCCAAGAAGUUAUAACGACAAUAGGGCAAGCAUUCAAUUUAAGGUUUAAAGAUUACCUUACAGGUCCAGACAUUCGUAGUACGUCAUCAAGGGCGAAUCGAUGCCAGGAUGCAGAUAGGGAAUAUUACAAUGAUCUUCCUGGGAAAGUUCCACCUGAUGUUGCCCCCCUAAAAGAAUCAAUUCCACCUCCAGUUCCACCACUCCCAAAAACCAAUCAAUCGUUUACAAAAAACAGUAUGUCUUCGCAAAGGGGUAUGUCUUCGUUACUGCUGUGUAUAGAGCGUCUUCCCUCAACUAAUUUAAUAGAUCUAAAUAGUGAAUUACCACCACCACUUUUUAAUCAUCACUAUGUCAAUGAUGUUAUUUUUAAUCCUCGCCCAGCUCCGAGGGAUGUCUUCGAUAUGCAACCUUUUGAAAGCAGCUUAUCAAACGAUGUUCUUCAAUUACAAAAUGAAGAGUGGUUUCAUGGUGUGAUCGAUAGAGCACAGGCUGAAUCAAUGCUCAAACAGGAUGGAGAUUUUCUUGUGAGAGAGUCCAGCACUACGACUGGGCAAUAUAUUCUCACAGGACUUCAGGGAGGAACGAAAAAACACCUUCUCUUAAUUGACCCUGAAGGGAUGGUAAGGACAAAAGACCGUAUGUUUGAAAAUGUUAGCGACCUGAUUAAUUACCAUUGUAACAACCAGUUGCCAAUAAUAUCAGCAGAGAGUGCACUUGUGCUUCGGAACCCAAUACCGAGACCUAACCUUUAGUAUUCUAAUUUUUUCUAUUUAUAACGUACAUUUAAACGUUUUUUGAAUGACGAAUCUUCACAAUUCAAGUUCUUUCCUGAGUAAGAUUAAUUUUGUUUCACAUACUUUUACAAAAAAAACAAAAAACAAAAAAAAACAGUUCCUAUAUUUCUUUGUUAAAAUCUGCAUGAUUUUUUUUGUGACCAAUUUGUUGUGGAAGAUUUAAAAAAAAUAUUAGGUUAGAUAAAUGAACAGCUUUAAUAAAAAAUCCCAUUUUAUUUCUUAAAUAGCAAAUAGAAAUUUUGUCAUCACAAAUGGAGCGGAGAUUCUUAUCGAUACUUCCUCCCCAUCCCUAUUUUCUCUAAACAAUUUAAUUUUUAUAAACACAUAGUGCACAAUUUUUACUUACAGAGAAGUAUUUAUUAAAAAAACGUUCUUUGUAGUAAAGGAUUGUAAAUAAAAUAUUUACCGAAUGUAGAAUACUAGAUUUGUGAGUUGUACAUGACAUUUCAAGUUAAAAGUGAUUUUCUGUAAUAAAAUUAACCAGUUCCAACCUACUGUUCUUGACACUUUUUUGUUUUAUAACCGAAACGUUAGGUGACUACUGGGAUGGAACAAGUUUUAACAAAUAAUUCUUCAUGAACUUAUUGUCCGCACACAAUUUUGCAAUAAGAGGCAAUACAUUAUUUUACUCUUACUCAACUAUUUUACUGGAUUAUAAAAUUACUCUCAUUGGUUAGUGAGUUAAUGAUCUGUAAAACUAGAUUUAAUAUUAUCAAGGAUCAACCCAGAAUAAAACCAGCAAGAGAAAGACUAACAUAUUAAGGGUAGAACUGUGAAAUAGUAUAGCUUGACUCAUAUUUUUAGUUAAUUUGGUAAUAAAAUAUUUUAAACUUUUGUGUACAAAAGCAAAAGUUACCUUUCGUCUCCUAUUACAAUGUACUGUUUUAUUCUGGAUUAAUAUAAUGUAUUGUCCUCAAAUGUUUAUUGAACUAAGUUUUGUUUUCUUUUGUAAAAUGAAAAACAUGAAAACCUCUGUAAGUUAUAGAUUUAACAUGCGAACUAUUUUUAAUAUUUUAACAUGUGUUUUAUUUAAAUUAUUUAGAAACGAAAACUCAUUUGGCUGUAAUUAUUGUAUUUCUUGUAUAUGGACAGUUUGUUUAAAUUUUAUGUUAUUAACUCAUUUGCAUCAUGAUUCGAAAUAUGCAACCAAUUUAAAAUGACUGCAUCACCAAUCAUGCUUUUUAAAGAAAUCUUACAAAUGUUUUAUUCUCUCUAUUGUUUUAUCUUUAAUAAUUUUAUAUAUCAUGCUUUUAUACUAAUUUCAUUACAUAAUUUAAAUAUUAUUUUGAUUUCAUCCAGAUUAUAUCUGGCUCUAUGUGUUAAUUUUUAAAAUUUUAACUAAUCAAAAGUCAUGCAAAGACUUCUUGACACAUCUUUUGUACUUGGCUUAUGCUUUAUUGUAAGACAAAAGAAAUAUAUAUUUUUAUGCUUGAGUCCAAAACAGACAGGUUUUUAAAUAUUCAAUGUUUAUUUAGUUUUUAUUUAUAACAAUAAAUAAUAUUCUUGUUAUUCCUCUUUCUGAAUGCAGAUGGGUUAAUUAUCCUCUUUUUUAGUUCUUUUUAAAGCUAUAAAUUAAGGUUGUGUUACACAAAAGAAGAUUUAAAUCAGCAAUAAUGUUAAUUAAUGCAGAAGUGCUAAAAAUCAAUAAAUGUUGGGGGUAUUUAAUAUUUUGAAUGUGUUAAAUGUAUUUUCUUAAUCUGAAAUUAUCGUUGCCAACAAACCGUAAUUAUAGCUAAGUUAUUAUCUGUUCUUGUAAAUUUAUAUACAAACUGAUUUGGUAAAAAAAUAAUGGCUGUUGAAUUAGGCAUGAAAACGUAUAUUUAAAGAAGAAGAAACAAAAAAAAAA